GCGCGCCACAAACGUCAACUUUUGAGGUUAUAAAUCUUGGUUUCUAGCACGUCCGCCCUCAGACGUCCCCCAUGUUGCAACGCUUCAACUGCCAAACCUCCAACCUCGAAGUCCACUAUUGCAACGACUGUAAUUUCUACACCGAACUAACCCUCCUGUUCAAGCUGCACCUUCAAGACUGCCACGGCGUCAAAAAAGAGCACUACCAAGAGUACACCAUCCAGAAAUACUCUUGCCGGAAGUGCAAAUUCGAAACCCACUUCUCCCUCAAGUGCGUCCAGCACGGUUUAACAUGUCUACGACACCUCAAAAACCAAAAACCCGCCAAGACCCCAAAAACUAUAAAACAUUCCAAAGACGAAAUCAUCCACUGUACAGAGUGUCCAUACAAAACCAAAACGAAGGCGCUUUUGAAAAGACACAUAAAUCGGCGCCACGUGGACGAAAAAGACACCAAAAAGUACCACUGCAGUGAGUGUCCGUUCGCCACUAAAUACAAAUCGUCGUUGAAAACGCACGUGAACGUGAACCAUCUAGACGAGAAGGAUGUUAAGUGGUACGAGUGUGACAAGUGUCCGUACAAGUCCAAAGACAAUUCGGCGUUGAAGCACCACACGAACAUGCACCAUUCGGACACGUGGUACAAGUGCAAAGACUGUCCGUACAAAACUAGGACGACGCGGCUGCUCAAACUCCACAGAAUCGCGAGACAUUUGGACGAAAAAGACAUCAAGUGGUACGAGUGCAAAAAGUGCCCCCACAAAACCAAAAGAAAAGAUGCGCUAAAAAUGCACGUGAAGACGCGACACUCGCAGGAAGCCCCCUUGUAACGUUUUUUAAAAACUUUGAUCCAUUUAUGAUAACUACGAGUUUGUGUAUUUGAAAUAAAAAAUCCGUACUAUUUUUA